CUUAUUACUACUGCUGUUUUCUAUGGUUAGCGUUGUCUGUCGGAGAAUCUUUUUUACAUGCAUGCAUAGAUAUGAAAUCAUCGACCCUCCAACCUUUGCUAAAAUAGGCUCAGAGUCCCGUUCUUAUCCCAGACACAGUCGUUUUUCUUUUCCCUUUUCUUUAAUCCAUUCUGAAUCUUUUCCAUGUUCCGAGUACUGUCGCGAACUGCUUCAGCACCCCGCCAGUCGUUCUCGGCCAGAACCUACUACCGAGCACUUGCAACUUCAACGAAGCAAGGAGGUUCGUCCUCGUCGUCAUCACGUCGUCGACGUAUUCUAGGAUGGACCGCCGGCGGUGCUGCUUUGGUUGGUGCAUCCACAUACCUAAUGGCCCAGGAUUAUAUGUUCCUUGAAGAAGCAAAGGGCGCGCGCGAGCAAGUUCCGUUCCUGGCCCUGCAUCCACAACGUGGUGGUGCCAAAGACUUGCAGAUCGUAACCCAUCAACUGGACGAGCAUGAGCAAGACCAGGAAAAGCCUCGACUGGUGAUUAUCGGGUCUGGCUGGGGUGCUGUCUCGGUUCUACGUAACCUUGACAAGGACAAGUUCAAUGUCACCGUCAUCAGUCCAAACAACUAUUUUCUAUUUACGCCACUAUUACCGAGUGCCACAGUCGGCACGAACGAACCAAGAUCGUUAUUGGAGCCCAUUCGAAAAAUUGCAGCACGAGUCCGAGGUCACUUCUUGGAAGCACGGGCAGUCGAUGUGGAUAUUGAGAACAAGCUAGUUGAAGUGAAAAGCACUGGCGUAAAUGGUGCGGAUGGUGAGCGCGAACAUUUUUAUGUACCCUAUGACCAACUGGUCCUCGCUGUCGGCGCCACGAGCAUCACACACGGUAUCCAGGGUCUCGACCACACGUUUCAACUCAAAACUGUCCAGGAUGCCAUGGCUAUCCGACGCAAAGUGAUGGAGAACGUCGAGAAAGCUUGUUUGCCUACAACCACCCCUGACGAACGCAAGAAACUACUAAGCUUUGUGGUGUGCGGUGGAGGCCCAACAGGUGUUGAAUUUGCGGCCGAGUUGUUUGAUUGGAUUAACGAGGACCUUGUUAAAUGGUUUCCCAAGCUUCUACGAGAAGACGUUUCUGUGACCAUCAUCCAGUCACGCGACCAUAUCCUGAAUAUGUUUGAUGUCCGGAUAAGCGAAUACGCAGAAAAGCGCUUCAGACGUGAGAAUAUUAACGUUAUCACAAAUGCACGCGUGCAACGAAUUGAGGAUGACAAGGUCGUGUACAAAUUCAAGGGUAAAGCGGACGAGGGGACGCAUGAUAUCCCUUAUGGCUUAUGUCUGUGGUCCACCGGUAUUGCCAUGACACCCUUUGUACAAGCGCUAUCCGACAAGCUGGGCCAGCAAAACCAUCGACGUGUACUAUUGACGGACGAGUAUCUUCGUGUCAAGGGUGUGCCUGAUAUGUCAAUCUAUGCCGUAGGUGAUUGUGCUACCAUCGACAAUCCGAAACUGGUAGAGCAUAUUCGCGAGAUUUUUGAAAGCGCAGACAGUGACAAGGAUGGCCGAUUGAAUGCCGCAGAGUUUAAUAACGCGGUUACAUACAUGAAGAAAAAGUUCCCAUUGACGAGACAGCAUUUCAACAAACUUGAACGUGCAUUUGAAAACUACGAUCUGGAUCAUAGCGGCACAAUCGAAAUUGAGGAACUGGGUAAAUUUGCGCGUGAAAUUGACAGCAAAAUGACGCAAUUGCCUGCGACGGCCCAAGUUGCAAGCCAACAAGGACAAUUUAUUGCUAAAUUUGUAGGUGGUAAUAGCGAGCAACCAUUCAUGUAUCGACACUUGGGUACGUUGGCAUACCUGGGCAACACUGCUGUUGGCGAGUUUAGCUGGGGCUACAAGAUGAUCGGUGGAUUGUAUUCUAUGUAUUUAUGGCGCAGUGUUUACUGGAGUGAGCAGGUCAGCACACGUACACGCAUGAAUCUGAGCUUGGAUUGGUCUAAACGAGCACUAUUCGGUCGCGAUAUUUCUAUUGUGUAAUAAAAAUUUGAAUAGAAUUAUAGUUUUGCGAAUACUGUUCUUGGAAAAUACCAUGGACUGUCAACUGGAAAGUUGUGUAUUGAGUGUGAUUUUCAGUUUUGCUCUUCGUGAACUUGCACAGCG